AUGGAGGAGACAUUCUUUUUCGCAUUACUUCGAAUAUCCGUUGCACAAAUCCUCAAGGCCGCGGGCUUUGAUAAGUGCAAGCCUCUGGUGCUCAAUAUCAUCACCGAGCUAUACAUCAAGCAUUUGGAGUUGGUGAUUGAAAAGACCAAGAAAUUCUCUUUGGCCCGCACAAACGCCGUCAACGAUGUUGUAGCCUCAGAUGUGGCCGAGGCUCUACUAAACAUCGGAUUCAUCAAGCCUACACUGGCAAACGACCCUCAGGAUAAAAAGAACACCAAAUCUCUCAAGUCGUUCAAAAACUGGGUUCAGUAUAGCGACAGCUUCUCGGUGAGCAAAAAGCUUUCUUCUGUGCCUUCGCUGCACUUGGCCAAUUUGAUUGAAAAACGCAAAAUCGAUACUUCCUCUGAAACAGACCAGGAGAGGAAAAAACGCAGAUUACGGGAACGCCAGGAGUAUUUCAAUCAGCUCAAACAGGGCGAUGAUUCAACGAGGCCAGAUAAAGAAAGUGAGUUUCCCGAUGACCUAGAUGAAGAUGAGCUCACGACCAGUGACAGGCUCUCGUGGCUCGCGUACUUGGCUGAGAAAGACAUGAAACUAGGCCAGAACAUGAAGUUUGUCAACACCUGUAUCCAGGACGACUUGAUAAACGUGCACAAGCUCAAGAAGUUUCAUCCCACGCCGUUAGAUGGCGAGGAUAGCUACGUGCUGUUCAAGAGCCAGAUCCGCAACUCCAACAAGAACGAUCACUUUUUGCUCCAGCUACAAGAGGACGAAAAAACAGACGGCACAACAACGCAACCUCAUAUCCUACCCCCGCCACAUCUCAAAAGCGCCUUACCCUACAAUUUGAAGUACCAUGAAUGCUUGAUGGAUGACGAUUUGCAGCAGUACUUACAGUAUGCGUCAACACACGAGGAUGAGAUAAACAGAAGAUUGAACAUCCACCAGAAGCAAAAACAAGAGCCUGAAAAUGUACUUGGAGAUGACUCAAUAAGUCCGGGGAAAGAAAGUCGCUCUGCUUCUAUGGAGUGUGACGACGGAAACACCGGUAACGAAGAUAUCCAGCACACAGGCUCGACUCAAACGGCUGAAAAUGCAGCGACGGCAUUGGAUGUAAUUAAAGACAGCAAUGAAACAGGCGAAGUGGAAGCAGCUCCAGCGGACGCCCCAGUCAAGACCGAAUCUUCAGAAAGAGAAGACAAGGAGAACUCACAAAGCCCAGACGGCAAAAACAACGAGACUCAACCUUCAAGAACGGUAGAGGAUGGUGCGGAAAAAAGUGAGCCGGUUGUGAGUCAGGAACGAGCAUUGCGUAGCUAG